GUUUAAGAUUUUUGAUCGCGUGUGUGUAUUUGAUUCCGAGUCUUUCCGUCUUAUUACUGGGUUGGAUUCUUGUGUUGGCGAUUUUAGUGUUGUGUCUAGCAGACCAAAUAGAUUGUUGAGACUUUAUUUUCCAAAUCAGGAUAGAAUAAGGUUGUGUGAUCUCAGGAGUUUUUUACAGAACAAGUCAAGUAAUCGUACUGGUGGUUUUUGGGAAAGAUCUAGUGAUCCUGUUAGACUUGCUGAGGUCUAUAUAUUGGAGAGGGUUUUGUUGGGUCGUAACGAGAAAUGUGUUGUUAAAGGUCAUCUAAUGAAGAUAAUUGACGAUGACAGUCUUCGGGUGUCUUACCCUUGGGGUUCUCUUAGUUUUAAUUGGUUGGUACGGUCGAUUCGUGGUUGUGUGAAGACUUUCAAGAGCACGCCAUCUACACGUUAUAUGAUUAGUGGUUUCCCUUACGCUUUAAAUGUGUGGCUGUUGGAGGUUUUCCCUAUCUUUCGAGGGUUUUCAAGUUUUCAUGGUCUGAAGUCUCCUCGUAUGUUGUCUUGGGGUCCUUCAAAGCAAGUUGAUUAUAAAGUUAUUACUGAUAAUUUCUUCCAUGCUGAAAAAAGAUUCAAGAAAUUUAUUGUCCAUGCUGUUGUUGUUGGUACGGAACAAGAGAUGCUGGAUUAUCCAGUUGCACUUAAAUUUCCUGAUGAUUCAGGCCCUUGUUCUUCCCGUGCGGUUUUGCCAUCUGAAGUUACUUCUCAGAUAGUUGAUGGUGUUUUGUCUAGUGUGAAGAAGCAACUUGAUGAUGAACGAUCUACAAUUGUCAAUCAAGUAAAGGUAUGGCCUUUUAUUUUUUUAUUUUUGAGUUUGUUAAUAUGAUAUGUAUACUUUGCAUGCUGCAUUCGUUGUUUUUGUUUAUUCUCAUUUUCUUUUCUUCUUUGUUUAUUUUUUUUUUUUCGUUUUUUUGUAGUCUUUGGAUAGCCGUUUCGAAGAAUUGGAUAAAAAAUUUGUUGGCGCGAUUAAUGCUGUGGAUAGCUUAGUUCGUGUACAUGAUGAAACAAAGUCAGGUGUAGCAGCUUCUGAAAGUGCUAAAAGAACUUGUUUAUAAAGUAGACUUGACAGUUUGAAAAGUAAAUUUGAUUAUGUGAUGCAUUGUGUUGAAAGUUUAGUUCGACUACAUAGCGAAAAGAAAUCUCGUAAAGCAAGGUCUACAAAAAAUGAGACGUCUCCCAUGCUCGAUAUGCUCUGUGAUGCUGCUGUUUCUUCAUCAAGUCAACUGUCUGAUAAAACUCAAACUAUUUCUCAGUUUGAAAAGGAAUAUGUGAAAGAAAAUAAAGACCGCGCAAAAAAAAGCACUUAAAGAAAUUGCUGCAAUUAAUGAUGCUUUUCAACGCGGAGAUAUUUUGUUUUCUUCUAAUGAAGCAUCACAAAAUGUAAAUGAAGUAG